AUGUCUCAAUUACUCAAAGCUGUAAGUGCACAUGAAUUACGAAUCGUCCAGGGCAAUCAAGCUAAUCCGAGAGAUUUUCCUUAUCAAGUGUUGUUGCUGUACAAUGACAAACCUUUGUGCGGAGGAACAUUAAUUACCCAAAAGCACGUUCUCACUGCAGCCCACUGUAUUUAUCCUCUUGUGGAAUUACGCAGAAUACAAGGUCUCGAAGUGCUGGCUGGUUCGAUUUGGCACGGUGCUGGUGCGCGUUACCGAGCACGAAGAGUAUCUUAUAAUUUUGAUUACGUUGACACAUCGUCUCCACGAUACAGUGGCUAUUUCGGCGAUAUUGGAGUAAUUCAGCUUUAUAAAAAUGUGACGCUAUCUCCUUACGUACAACCAAUUGCCUUGCCGGAAAAAUCUAAAAGUAACAUUCCCGAUGAAACUGACGUUAUAGUAUCUGGAUUUGGAAGCAAUGUAUUGUCUGGUCAGGAUUCUCAUGUUUUAAAAUUUUUUAAAACUAAAACAAUGUCUCUGGUCAAAUGUCAAACACAUUAUGGAAAUCGGAUUUCUGAAGCAAAUAUUUGUACUGAACGUCAAACGAUAAAAAACGGCACAAAGUAUGAAGGGACGUGUACUGGUGACAGUGGAGGCCCAGUAGCAACCAACGAUAAAAAAAUUCUUAUUGGCAUAAUUUCUGGGGGAGAUCAUCAAUGCCAUGAAAAUUAUCCUAACGUAGCUGUAAAAAUAUCAUAUUAUCUCGACUACAUCAAUGACGAAAUCAAAAACUAUUCCGACCGGCCUGAUACAAUAGGGAAUAAUCCAUCUUGGUCUUAA